GCUCUUCUUCUCGACCCCCCACGUGACCGACCGCCAUGGCCGCCGUAGCCAAGACGAGCGACUCCGAGAAGAUGGAGGUGCCUGCAGCCCAGGAGGAGACGGGCAGCGACAGAGAGGAGAGCAUGGAGGAGGAUGAGGAGCAGGAGGAGUUCACCGUAGAGCUGGGGGUCACCUACUCCUGUAAGAGGCAGGACGGCACCUACCAUGAUGCGAAGGUGGUGAAGACCAGAAUGAACAAGCGGGCCGGAAGGGAGGAAUUCUACGUCCACUACGUUGGCUUGAACCGCCGCCAGAACGAGUGGGUGGACAAAACCCGGUUGGUGCUGCCGAAGCCAGCAAAGGAGGAGGACGCGGGCGAUGGAGAGGACGAGGAGGCCUUGGAUAAUGGAAAGAAGACGGAGGAGGGCGAGCCUGAACAGAAGAAAGCCAAGGUGGAGGUCCAUGAAGCUCCCCGGAGCAGCUCUGUCAUGACGUCUGGGGAUUUUGCCGAGGAGUUGACCUGCCUGCUGUGCAACGAGCUCUUCAGGGACCCCGUCAUGGUCGAAUGCGGCCACAACUUCUGCCGUAACUGCAUCGACAAGGCCUGGGAGGGUCGCGAUGCCUUCACGUGCCCCGACUGCAAGGAGGAAAUCACCGAGAAGAGGUACACUACCAACCGAGCCCUGGCUAACCUGGUGAAGAAGACUGCUGGAGGCGCUGACAAUCUGACUCCCGCCAAACCAGCGGAGAAGGAAAAGACUCGAUCUCUUGAGAAAUGCCCUGAGCAUGACGAGAGGCUGAAGCUUUAUUGUAAGGAUGACGGGACCCUCAGCUGCGUCAUCUGUCGCGACUCCCUGAAACACGCCAGUCACAACUUCCUUCCCAUCCUGGACGCAGUGGGCGUGUACAGAACCGAGCUGUCUGCCAUAGUGUCUCCACUACAUGAAGCCCUGAAGGUGACUGAACAACUCACCAACCAGCAGAAUGAGAAGAUUGAGCAGCACAGUUCCAACAUGAAGGAGUACCGGGAGCACAUUGUGUCAGAGUUCGAGAAGCUGCACCAGUUCCUGAAGGAGCGAGAGGAGAAACUGCUGGAGCAGCUCCAGGAACAGGGCGAGAGUCUGCUGAAGGAAAUGGAGGCCAAUGUGUCCAAGAUGCAGGAGAACCGAGACAACAUCCAGCAGCAUAUUGCUGUGGCCAACAAGAGGGUGAACGAUACAGACUCCAUUUCUUUCCUGACUGACAUCAAGACGUUCAUUGAGACGUGUCAGCAGCAACAAAAAGAGGUCAUGUCUGCUGCAAACACUCUCAUUGAGAAAGACCUGUGCCAGGGGACAUUCAAGGGACCGAUUCAGUACUCCGUGUGGAAGCAGAUAAAGUCUGUGAUCCUGCCAUAUCUGACUCCCAUGUUGCUGGAUCCCUGCACUGCCCACCCCAAUCUGAUCCUGUCCGAUGGGCUGACCAGCGUUAAAUAUGGUGACGCCAAGCUUCCUCUCCCUGAUAAUCCAAAGCGUUUCAGCCAGUGCAUCCUCGUGCUCGGGUCUGAGGGGUUCGAUUCUGGCCGCCAUUACUGGGAGGUUGAUGUGGGAGACAAGACCGCUUGGGACGUCGGCAUGGCCAGCGAGUCCAGCAACCGCAAGGGUAAGAUCAAGCUGAAUCCCAAGAACGGCUACUGGGCCAUCUGGCUGAGGAACGGCAAUGCCUACAAGGCCCUGGAGUCUCCAUCCAAGACCCUGAUCCUCAACUCCAAACCGAAGCGAAUCGGCGUGUAUGUGGAUUACGAAGGAGGCCAGAUAUCCUUCUACAAUGCCGAUGACAUGACCGCCAUCUACACCUUCAGCGCCACCUUCACCGAGAAGCUGUACCCCUAUCUGUCUCCAUUCCUGCACGAUUCUGGGCGCAAUGCGGAACCGCUACGAUUUGUUCAUAAUUGAUCCUUCGUAGAGUUCUGAUCGCAUUGUUUUAAUGUUUUAUUUCAGAACGGCUUCCUUUUUUUUUUUUUGUGUUCUAGUUGUUGAACAGUAUUACUAGACUACAGAAAUAGUCUGUUGUCAUCCGUAAGAUGUGAAAAUGACGGUUUAUCAUGCACAU